GGAGCACUCACAUGAGCGGAACUUGGAAUCUGAGCUCGUUAAGCAACUUAAAGGGAUCAUAAAGUUCCGUGGUGGGCCAAUCUCAGUUGCAGAGUAUAUGGAGGAAGUUCUGACAAAUCCUAAGGCUGGGUUCUAUAUCAAUGGUGAUGUAUUUGGAGCAGAAGGUGAUUUUAUAACCUCACCUGAAGUAAGCCAGAUGUUUGGAGAGAUGGUUGGCGUUUGGGCCAUGUGUUUAUGGGAGCAAAUAGGACAGCCAAAAAGAUUGAACCUUGUUGAGUUGGGUCCAGGUCGAGGAACUCUCAUGGUGGACCUUCUUCGUGGUGCCUCAAAGUUUAAGAGUUUUACUGAAUCAUUGCACGUACAUUUGGUAGAAUGUAGUCCAGCAUUACAGAAGCUUCAGCCCCAGAACUUGAAGUGCAUGGAUGAGGAUAGUACCAACGAAAAUGUUGAAAAGAGGACUAUUACCACAUUAGCAGGAACACCUGUUUCAUGGCAUGCUGCACUGGAGCAGGUUCCAUCAGGAAUCCCAACGAUCAUAAUUGCCCAUGAAUUUUAUGAUGCUCUACCAGUUCAUCAGUUUCAGAGGGCUUCCCGUGGCUGGUGUGAAAAAUUAGUUGAUGUCACUGAAGAUUCAUCGUUCCGUUAUGUUCUCUCUCCACAGGCAACACCUGCAACUCUCUUUCUGAUGAAGCGCUGCAAGUGGGCUGCAGCUGAAGAACUAGAGAAACUUGGGCACAUUGAGGUUUGCCCCAAAGCAAUGGAGUUGACUAAUACAAUAGCAAAGAGAAUAGGCUCUGAUGGAGGGGGAGCUCUUAUAAUUGAUUACGGCCUGAAUGGAGUAGUCUCAGAUAGUCUGCAGGCAAUUCGGAAACAUAAAUUUGUUAACAUAUUUGAUAAUCCUGGGACUGCUGAUCUCAGUGCAUAUGUUGAUUUUGCUUCCGUCAGGCAUUCUGCUAAGGAAGCCUCAGUUAAUGUGUCUGUCCAUGGUCCGAUUACUCAGUCCCAGUUUCUUGGUUCUCUUGGAAUAAAUUUCCGAGUGGAAGCACUACUACAGAACUGCACAGAGGAGCAAGCUGAGUCUCUGAGGACGGGAUAUUGGCGUCUUGUGGGUGACGGUGAAGCUCCCUUCUGGGAAGGACCUGAUGAUCAGACGCCUAUUGGAAUGGGUACCCGGUAUUUGGCAAUGGCCAUUGUCAACAAAAAGCAAGGUGUUCCAGUUCCAUUUCAAUGAAGUUUGAAUUACCAUGACAGUUUUGUAAAGCUAGCUACUUUAAGCUUUUGUACAUUAGUAAUUUAUGCUCUUAUCAAAUAAAUUUACAAAGUUUGUAUUUCUUAUGAAUAUGUUACCAAAUAUUCAAUUGAAUUGAAGAUCUGAUUUUGUC